GUGAAAUUUUCUGUACUUCACUGCAUAACCAUGACUUAGGUUUCACUGUUUAUAUAACUGAUUUCAAGUACCUUUCAACAAUCACAUCUCAAUGGCUGCAAAUUUCCUUUUCUUCUGGAAAUUUUUGGCAAGGUGGAAGCGCAUUCUUACCUUACCUCUGUUAUAUUUAUUUCUUCCCUUAUGACUAGGCUGAAGACAGAACUUAAGGACCCUGAGUCUGUUUUUCCAUAGUUCUCUCCUCUUCCAAAUCAGAAUAUGCGUCCCCAAAUAAGGAGUUAGCUUUCACUCCCUCUUGUCCAGGAUGCUUAAUUCUGCAACUUAGGUAUCCCACCGUGAAUCUCAAAAUUCCCCGUGGGAGAUAAAACUGUCUGAUCACUGUAUUCUUGCUUCCCUCCCACAAUGUAGAGGGUUGCUGGGAAGUUACUGCCUAGCCAGAGACCACAUUUCCCAGCUGCUUAGAGAGUUUGGGCCAGUUGAACCUGUGUGGAAGCGAUGUACAUCACUUUAGGACGUGGCCCAUAGAAACCUCCCUCCUAUUGCUCAUCCUGAACGGGUACAGAGGACUAUGAGGCCCAGAGAAGAACCAAGUCACAAGAUGGGAGGACUUUGAUGUCUAAAAGACCAGAGAUAAUCGGUUCUACAAAUCUCGUAAUUCUGCUGGAGAAUGAAAUCUUUGCCGAUUUUUUCAACACGUUUCUUUCUCUCCCGGUCUUUGGCCAGACACCAUUUUACACAGUUGAAAAUGCAGAGUGGAGCUUGUGGCCAGAAAUACCUCAUGACUUGAUUCCAAAGUACAAAGGAUUAUUGACCUGGUUGGGAAAAUACCGGUUACCUUUCUUCUGUAAAACCAACUUGUGUUUCCAUUACAUUCUCUGUCAAGAGCUCAUCAGUUUCAUUAAUUCCCAAGAAGGAGCAAAGAUGAUGAGAUGGAAAAAGGCAGACCAGUGGCUACUCCAGAAAUGCAUUGGCGGGGUCAGAAGGAUGUGGCGCUUCUGUACCUACCUCAAAGGCAGUGCAGGUGAAGAGCUGAUGGACUUCUGGAUCCUUGCUGAGAAGAUCCUGAGCAUAGAUGAGAUGGACCUGGAAUUGAGAGACCACUACCUAUCUCUCCUCCUUGUGCUGAAGGCCACCCACCUUCAGGAGGGCUCACGGGUAGUGACGCUCUGCAACAUGAACAUCAAGUCUCUCCUGAACCUCUCUAUCUGGCAUCCCAACCAGUCAACCACCAGGAGGGAGAUCUUGAGCAACAUGCAGAAAGUGGCUCUGUUCAAACUCCAGAGCUAUUGGCUUCCCAACUUUUUCACCCAUGCCAAGACCAUCAUAGCUAAGGAGGAAUCAUGUCAUGGUCUGAUGCAAGAAUAUGAGACUCGCCUGUACAGUAUUUGCUGUACCCAUGUAGGAGGGCUCCCUCUGAACAUGAGUGUCAAGAAGUCCCAUCACUCCCAGAAGCAGUACUCGAGCAGGAAGACCAAGCUGAAGAUGUGGCAGUUGAUAGACCAUGACUCUUGGUCUCUAGAAUUGGAUACCAACUCAGACACCAAUUCCAUGGCGUGCCAGGAGACCUGUCCUCAGGAGAAGGUGGUCAUACAAAUGCCUUCCCUGAAAAAGGCCUCUUCAAAGGAGAGAAUAACCAGUUCCCUGGAAAAGGAUAGCCUCUGUGCCAGGAAGUCCAACAAGAAGAAAUCCAAGAGCCACCUCCACAUGGAGGGCCUCUUUGAGACAAAGUUCUCUACCCACCUGAGGACUGCCACCCCCAUCAUCCGUCACUCCCCCCAUAUGACAAUCAAGAAUGCCAUAAAGCAAAGACUCUCUUUGGGGUACACCCACUGGGCCUUGUGUGCCGAUGCUUAUGCAGGGAAUCCCUUCCGGGACCACCUGAAGAAGCUGAAUUUGAAAGUGGAGAUCCAACUCCUGGACCUCUGGCAGGACCUGCACCAUUUCCUCAGUGUACUGAUAAGUAAUAGGAAGACUGGGAAUGGCGUCUUUUGGCACAUGCUGGGCAACCGAAUCUGUGAGCUCUACCUGAAUGAACAGAUUGGCCCAUGCCUACCACUCAAAUCCCAAACUAUUAAAGGUCUGAAGGAGCUGCUGCCUUCUGGGAAUAUGAACCCCUGGAUACCCAGAGCCCAGGAAGAGAUCUGCCAGAUACUCAGCCACUGGUAUGAUGAAUUUCUGGAUGAAGAGGACUACUGGUUUCUCACGUUUUCAACUCAGAGCAAGUUCAUCAGCACCGGGAGGCAUAAGAGAGACUUACUAAACAAAAAAGAGAACAUUCUUCUAUAUAAGAGGUUUGAGGAAUCCCUGGCAUUAAGCCAGGGUUUGGCUAACAUGGAGGAAAUGGAUUCUAUGCAGUGGCAAAAACUAGCUACUGAGGACCUGAGACAAGGCGGGUCUCUCCAGGUAGAACUGAAGUCUCCAGUGUUUCUGGCAGACAUAGAAAACAUGUCCUUUGAGGAACUCUGCUAUAAGUAUCCAAAGGUGGCCAUAGAGAAGAUCAGUGAUGACUACAAAAUAUAUUGUGAAAAAGCACCUAAAAUGGAUUUUACAGUGAAAAUUUUCAGAGAACCAAGGAUAUGUUCAUCCACAAAUAGGAAACCAUCCUUUAAAAAGAUUACUGUUGUCAGGAGGCCUUCGAUGAGACCCAGAAACCUGACAGAAGUCCUCCUAAAUGCAAACCACUUGGAGUACUUCAUGGAGUUCCUCAAAGAACAGAAGGCGGAUAGCGCAUUGCAAUUCCUGAUAGCCAUACAGAAGAUCAGUAAUGAGCCAAAUGAAAAGAUCUGCAAGUCUCUUAUUGAAAAUACAGUCAAGACUUUCUUCCAUGGCACACUCUCUCCUGAAGAAAUGCUGCAGUGCAAUGCCCCUAUCAUCAAAGAAAUCUCUCAGAUGCGCCGUGUCAGCACAACCUCACUGUUAGCACUCCAGAGCUUUGUCAUGAAAUCUCUGGAAGAAACGUGGUUUAAAGAUUACCAAGAGCUGUUCCCAGCUAUUCCUCAGGAACCACAAACUCAAGUACGAACUUUGCCUAGGAAGCCCUCUAAGAAUCCAGCAACUCACCUACAGGAAUCCCAGAAGAGAGGCUGGCCGAAAAUUGUGAGUUUUAUCAGGAGCUUUUGCAAAUGCCGCAGAUAUUUGUCCAAUGUCAACAUGCGCCAGGAAUUUGAAGAAUAUCUUCACCUGGAAAUAAACAACAAAGAAAAUUUCCCUGCAUCACCAAAUGUAUCAGGACGCCCAUCCCCACAUCACUCAAAUGUCAAGAGUGGAGAGGAGAAUGGAGAUGUAAUCCUUAUGAAGCGUCGUAUAUUUAGCCACAGGGUUGUCACUGUCAACUUUGCCCUCAAUGACUUAUAUUUCUUUUCUGAAAUGGAGAAGUUUAACGAUUUGGUGAGUUCAGCUCAUGUGCUACAAGUCAACCGGGCCUACAAUGAAAAUGAUGUGAUCCUAAUGAAGUCCAAAAUUAGCAUCAUCCUGAAGCUCUUCCUGCAAUCGGAUGUCCCUCCAAAGCUGAGGGUGAACAUCUCUGAGUCCCAGAAGGAGGCCAUCCUUGCUGCCAUUGCAGACGGCCGUCUUGAUCGGAGCAUCUUCCACGGGGCUAUCAUGUCUCUCUUCCCUGUCAUUAUAUACUUCUGGAAAAGGUUUUGUUCCUGGAAGGCAAUCCGCUCUUAUUUACAGUUCAGGGGGAAGAAGUUCAAGGACAGCAAAGCUCCUUCUAAAUCUACGUACAAGCACCCUCCUUGGAAUGGAGGAGACCACGCCAUCUUAAGGUUCUCCCUACUCAGAGGGGUUGAAUGGUCGCGGCCUCAGCAGCGAGAUGUAAUAGCAAGUUCAGUGCAGAACUCUUCAUCGAGCAACCUGACCCAGCUAGGAUAUACCCCCUCCACCGUGCAGCUGUAUCCUGUCCCAGGACAAAAAUUCUCCAUCGUCAAAAAGGAGAAGAAAUAAUCGAGUCAGGUCUCCAACAGAGGUGCAUCAUUUUUCAGAAGCCUCUGGACACUGACAGAGCCUU